CGCAUAAGCAGGUCUGGUUAUUAAGUAAUUCAAACAAAAUGGCUAAUCGAUCGUGCUUAUUGUAUGCGUUUCUUUUACUUGUUGCAUUUCAAUCCUCUAUGAUUAUGGCCAAUACUGUUAUUCAUACACCUCAAUGCAGACCAGUAGCAGCUUCCUCCAAGGAUAAGAUCUUAUUCUCUAUGAACUUGCUCAUAUAUAAAGCAGAAUUUUUUCUUCGUGCUUCAGUUGGUGUUGGAAUCAAUGGUAUAUCACCAGGUCUGGUCCAAGGUCCUGUCCCCAUUGGAGCCACCCUUGCCAAUAUCACUAACUCCGCCCGUAGGGUUAUUGAGGAACUUGGUUUAGCUACUGUUGGCCAUCUCAGGGCUAUCAAGCAAGUACUCCGGAGCAAUCUUCCAUUUCCAGGACCACAGUUGGAUCUUAGCGCACAAGUAUUUGCCGGAUUUGUGAACCUGGGUUUCAAUGUCUCUACUUUGUCUCCUCCAUUCAAUAUUUACGCCAACACUCCCAGCUUUGUGCUGGCAGCGGAAGCUAUUUCUGCAUUUAUAGUACAAUAUUACGCCGGAAUUAUACCUUCGAUCGUAGGCGACGAGCAACGACAGCUGGUGGCUGGAAUCGGGCUCAACGAGGCAGCAGCAUUUGGAGUUCUCCGAACAAUACUUAACGAUGGGGUCAAUUCAACAGUGCCGCCAUACACAUUCACAAUGGCGGAACUCACCAACCGUACUUCAGAAGUGGUUAAUCGACUUGGGGGGUGCGGUGUGAAGGAUGAAGGUUUGAUUGUGCCAUUCCAACUCGGAGCAGAGAAUCGAACUACCAGUAACGUGGUACCGGGGGAUGUCAAUUCCCUUGCACAUGCACGGUUUGAACGGGAGAUUUUGAGGAUCGUUUUUGGAACCGGCAACGCCACCAUUGGAACCGGUGGACUGUUUCCAGAUGGUUUCAUUGGGGCACUUUAUCAACUCAUUAUUAACCUAAAAUUUAGCUAAUUAAGAGCUUUUGAAGCAUUGAUGAUGAUAAUUAUAUUGGAGAAACACUAGGUUCUAUCAUAAAUAAAAACCAUUGCAUGUUAUGAAGAAACACAUGCAUGCACUAUAUAUGUCGUCGUAUGUUAGUUCCAACUUGGAACAUUAAUCAAAUAAUAGAGCACUGGGAUU